AUGAAACUUGCCAAAAAACUCAUUUACUCUUCACUUUUCUUAGGUUUAAUUCUAUUACUUUAGAACUUCGAAGCAUCAGAAUCCACUUUGGAUGUCAAAACAUAAAAAGAGGAGGUUUGUACAGAAGGUAAAUAACAAAUAUAUUUUAAUUCUAGAUCUUGUAGUAACUUAAUCAGAGAGAGAUAGUGCAUAAUAAAUACUUGAUAACCUCUAUGAUACAAAUAUCAGAAGUGAUGUUACGAAGGCUGUUAAUGAGCAAAAUGUAGAUGUCAACUUGUUCAUGAAUCUGUUGAGAUAUAUAAUCCCUUGGGCAAUAUUUUUGAUUAUAUCUGUAUUUGGUUGGAUUUUCUAUUGUUGCUAUUGUUGUUGUGAUAAGUAAGAGAACAAUUAAUAUUAUUAGAAAAUGUCCACCAUCCAAAUGUUGCAAGAGAGACUAUGAAUUUAACAAACUAUCCAAAAUGGAACUCUAUGUUCCAGUUGGUUUUGCUCUAAUCUUGAAUUUGUUGUUGUUCGCAGCAUCAAUAGCAGGAUUAUCAUACUCUGGUGACGUAGAAAAAGGUAUGAAGUCUGCCCGUUGUUCCUUGAUAUCAUUGUUCUAUGAUAUUGUUUAUGGAAAUACAGGAGCCUUUCCAGGUUUAGCUGGUCUUGCAGAUAACAUUGAUUCUAUAAAUACAGAGAUAUCAGACUUUUAAAAAUAACUAAAAACUACAUUUUCCGGUAAGACAUCGAAAACCAUCAAUCAAAAAAAGACUGAUGUGAUCACAGCCAAUAAUAAGUAAAAAUAUCAUUUAUAUCAUAUUCUAGCAUGAAAAGAGGAGCAUCCAAUGCAGCAUUACCAGUUUUAGAUGGCGGAGCUGAGAGUUACCUAUCUUCACAAAACUUUGUAUUUGUUUUAUUCUAUUUGGUUAGUUUGAUUAUAUUUUGAUGGCUUCAUCUGAUUCAUCGGCCUCUACCUAUACUUCAAAUUACAAUAGUUUGGGGUCAACUUACAAAGACUAUUUAAAAUGUACUCCUUAACCAGAUGCUUUGUCUUCUUAUUAUGAUGGAAUGGUUUAGACAUCAGAACAAUUGGAAACUUACGCUAGUGAUAUCUCAGGAGACUCCUUUGAUACUAGUACUUUAGAAAGUGGAAGUAGUACAAUUGAUGGAUUUAUUACCGAUAUUAAUGAUGCUAGCACAACUCUUUAUGACAAUACUAAAGUAUUAGAAAAUGCUGGAACCUAUGCAUCUUUAGCUCUUAAUGUAUUAUUCGGUGUAGGAUUGGGUCUAAGCAUCGUAUCAAUUUGUUCGAUCAUUCUGAUUGUUUUAUUGAAGAUCUAUAAAGUAAGAGGAUUACUUCACUUUACUUGGUGUAUUUAUGUCAUUUUGAUGAUCUUAUGCUUCUUGAUUGCUCUCCUCCUACAUCCAUCUUCUGUCAUAUUUGCUGAAGUCUGCUAUUAUCUUGACUCAUUUGUCAAUGACUAUGAAUUUUAUUAACAGACCAAAUUCAUUGAUGCAGGACAAACUAAAGAGAUUAUAUCGUCCUGUUUCUUCCCUGGAUCAGCAAAAACACUAUUCGAAGUCAUGGACUUAGCCUCAGCUACUGAUCCUUUGGUUAGUUUUAAGGAACAGAUCUCUGAUUUUCAGACUUAAUACUCUUCAUUCGAUGGAUAGAAAAAGGACUUUAAUGACAAAUUGAAUAACAACCUCUUAGCAGUUCAAAAUUGUAAGGAUGGUACAGUCUUUGAUGCAAAACCAGCAGACUAUGCUCCAUUAAAAGCAGCCUUUGAAAAAUUCAAUAAUUUCAAAUCAAACUCUGGAUGCGUUGAAUUGGCAGUCUCCAAAUGUGCAGAUGGAUUACUACCAAUGAGAUCUGCUUCAGACACUGGAUCAACAUUUAACCAGAAAUGCUGGCAUCCUUCAUAUUUAGCAACAUCCACACCUUCUUGUGCUGAUUAGAGUGGUUUGGCUGAAACUGCUGUUUUGAAGACUCAAUACAAUAAAUAAACUUCAAUGUGGUCAAAUUCUGUCACUAAAGAAUAGAAUGUCAUAACUUUAAAUGCAGAUGUGUCUAAGACAUUUGAAGAUUAUAUGGGUAAGAUCAACACUUUUAUUGGUGAUGCCGAUGCUAUUAUGUAACACUUGGAUGCAUUACUAAAGGGAGUUGAUUGUUCAUUUUUGAAGGUAAGAAUUUAUAUCAAUAUUUUAGGAAUCAUUCAAUAAUGUGUUAGAUGGUCUAUGUGUUGUGUUUAUUCCAGGAAUAUCCAGAACAACUAUUUUAAUAAUCAUUAUCGGUGUUUCUAUGUUUUUCGGAUCAUUGGCAAACUGCUGUGUUGGAUUGAGAGCCUAUAGAAUUUAAAACUAUGGUUUCAAAGAUGGAGAUCAACCAAACUCUAAGAUUGCACCAAAAGAUCCAGAAACCCAAGGAAUGACAGUCUAGUGAUAAUUAUUGAUAAUGUAU